AUGUCCGCACCCACAAAGGCCCAUGGCAAUGAGCACGAUGAGCCAACCUUGAACACAUACACAGCAAAGAUGGCUGCCCCUACGGAAAAAGAGACGCCUCUCAAGGCAGUCCAGCUCGAGGCACUGGUUGUCAUGAAAGUGAUCAAACACUGUGCAUCUCGCUUCCCGACCGUCGCGACCGGGUUUCUCACUGGUAUGGAAAGUACUGGGAACCUCGAAAUCACCAACUGCUUCCCUUUCCCCGUUGUCGAUCUACCGCCCGAGGCGCAGUAUGACCAACAGCACUUUAACAGCGCUGCUGCGGCUCCCCGAGCGAAAUCAAACACGCAAUACCAAGCCGAAUACAUCAGGAUGCUGCGCGAGGUGAAUGCAGACGCGAACAACGUGGGAUGGUAUACAAGUGCCAACCUGGGCAAUUUUGUCAACACCAACUUCAUUGAGAAUCAGUUCCACUACCAGAAAGAGUUGAAUGAAAAGACUGUUGCACUGGUCCACGAUGUCAGCCGUAGCUCUCAAGGUAUCAUGAGCAUUCGUGCCUUCAGAAUAUCUCCUCAGUUUAUGACUGCCUACAAGGAGAAUAAGUUUACAACUGAGAACCUCUUAAAGUCUGGACUGAAAUAUACCGACAUCCUGGUUGAACUUCCUGUGACUGUCCACAACUCCCACCUGGUCACCACGUUCCUGCAACAAAUUCCCAAGAUGCUGUCGUCCGGUGUCAUGAGACCUCCGACCUCCGUGGCUGAAAUUGAGAACAACCCAAUCCUCAAGAAUGACAGCCUUGCGCCAAACUUCGAGAGUCUCUCUAUCUCCAUCGACCCCUACCUGUCCCAGACCGCCGAUAACCUGCUUGACUCAAUUGAGACUCACCACGUCGAGGCCAACAACUUCUCUUACUACCAGCGCGCGAUGGCUCGAGAGCAGGCGAAGAUCCAGCAAUGGCAAGCCAAGCGCAAGGCCGAGAACGCAGCUCGAGCUCUGUCCAAACAGCCACCACUGCCCGAAGACGAGUACCAGAAACUGUUCAAGUUGCCUACGGAGCCAAGUCGCCUGGAGAGUAUGUUGAACAGCCGACAAGCCGAACAGUACGCGCGCCAAGUCGACGGUUUUGUUGCUGGCACGACUGGAAAGAUGUUUGCUGUCCGUGGCAACUUGCUGCCCAACGAGGGUAAAGAAGAGUAAACCGUCGUUACACGAUUCUGUCAAAAAAGAUGGAAACGAAACGUGGUUGGUCUCGAGCCUUUUGGACAGUGAAACGACCUCAACGCGACACUGGAAUUAACAUGGCAUGGCAUAGCGUCAGGCGUUUUGGCGUUGUGAUUGAUAAGUCUAUAUUGUACGAGAUUGUGGCAGGCUGGGCUGUAGAUCUCAGGGGGAAAGCAACGUCUAAGGACGUACAAAAGUUCUGGGACAGAAAGAUCCGGUACUUUACGUGAAAGGGGUGAGGAUAUUCAGUAGACAAUGUCGUAGAUGAGAAAACCAAAAAUAAAUGAAAUGAAUCAUGGUAAAACAAAAUACA